AUGAACGCCAACCUUGAAAUGAAUAACAGCCUCGAAAUUAACAGCAUUAACAAUGAUAUAAAUAAAAAUUAUUUUUUUUCAAACUUUCAAAAUGAAACAAAUAAUUGUGGUGGAUGGGAUGGUGUAAUAUAUGUUAAUGAAAAACAGUAUGAUCGAAUAUUAAAAAGAAGAAUGAAUAAAAUAAAACAAGAAAUGGAAAAAAAUAAAAAAAUUAGUGCCUAUAUUAAUAUUCAAAAAAAAGUUACAUUUCCAAAUAAUGCAAUCAUUACUAAUACUCGAAAUAGUGGGUCUAUUGAAAAUAUAAACAAAGUCAACCAAAUUAACAAUAUAAAUCAUUCUAACACUGCAGGAAAAAUAGUAAACACAAAUGGGCAUAAUAAUAUGAAUAGAUUUGUAAAUAACAAUGAGCAAUAUAACAAUGGUAGUAGUCCCUUAUAUCAAUUUGAUGGAAAUAAUGAUGACUCAAAAUAUAACUCAACACAAUAUAAUAAAAAUAAUGGCAAUAAUAAUUAUGCACAAAUCUAUGAAAAUGUAAAAUAUGGUUCUUAUAUGAAAAAUUCAAAAAAUAGUGAAAAAAAAAAUAGUGGUAAUGGAUAUAAUGACACAGAUAAUGGAUAUUUAAACAAUUAUAAUGGAAUGUAUAAUUCUAAUGUAAAUUCAAAUGGAAAUUCGUCUGAUGAUUAUAAAAAAUAUAUGAAUGCAUACGAUAUCAACAAUGGGAAUAAUGUAAAUAAUAUCGAACUAGCCAAUAACCAACUUGUUAAUAACUAUAAUGAAACAUAUCAUGAAAUAAAUAACAUAAACAAAUAUAAUAAUGUGUCAAAUAUGGGUACAUUAAAUAAUAUAGAAAAUACUAAUAAAUUAGAUAAACUGAUAAUUAUGACAAACAACCAAAAUAUUAUGCAUACAGAUAACAUAAAUCAUUUUAAUAAUUUUUCUGUCCCUAUGAAUAGAAAUUAUCAAUAUACAUCCUAUGAUGAAUGA